AUGGCAGAUAGGCACUCAUGGCAGUCCACCACCCAGCGCAAGCGAGAUGUGCUGGAUGCUCUUUUGCCCGCAGACUUCCGUCUUGAUAGUGUCCCGUCUGCCGAGGAACAACGAGAUGUAACGCAGUAUAUUCAGCAGUUCCUUUCAGCGAACGAGCGGGAUAUCACUGAGAACCACUCGGCAGCGGCCUUGGUCGACAAGCUCGCCUCAGGCGCUCUGGCCGCUACAGACGUUACCAGGGCCUUCUGCCACCGUGCUACCAUUUCCCAUCAACUGGUCAACUGUCUCAGUGAGGUUCUAUUCUCGCAGGCCCUGGCUCGCGCGCAGGAACUCGACGAAUACCUGCGUGUCACUGGGAAGACUGUUGGGCCCCUCCAUGGCUUGCCGAUCUCUCUGAAAGAUCAAUUCCGUGUGAAGGAUGCCGAGACAUCAGUGGGAUACGCCGCAUGGCUGGGCAAGGUCGAGACCGAGGACACCGAGUCGUGGGUGGUGAAGGCGCUGAAGAACAUGGGCGCGAUUGUUUUCGCCAAAACCAACGUUCCGACCAGUCUAAUGUGUAUUGAGACCAACAAUAACAUUGUUGGCUACACCACAAACCCGCACAACCGACUGCUCUCCUCGGGCGGCUCCUCUGGUGGUGAGGCAGCUCUUCUGAGCUUACGGGGAAGCAUUCUCGGACUCGGUUCCGACGUUGGUGCCUCUAUCCGUUUACCGUGCUCAUUCACGGGUAUAUCGGGAUUGAAGCCGUCCCACGGGAGACUGCCAUACCUCAAUGUUGCGAACAGCAUGGAAGGUCAAGAAACAGUUCCCUCUGUCAUUGGUCCGCUAGGCCACUCCAUUUCGGACCUUCGAUUGAUCACUCAAAGUAUCCUUUCUAGCCAGCCCUGGCUUCACGACCCGAAGGUGAACCAUUUGCCGUGGCGCUCGGCUGCAGAGGACGAGGUUCGGCAAAGUGUAGCUUCGAAGUCCCUGACCUUUGGUGUGCUCAGGACCGACGGUGUUGUCCAGCCGCAUCCCCCUGUCACUCGAGCAAUCAACGAGACGGUUCAGGCGUUAAAGGCGGCAGGGUAUGAGGUGAUCGAAUGGACGCCACCUCCCCAUGCAGAAGCGUUCCAGAUCUUGUGGAAUACCUUUGCUUCGGACGGCGGAGUCGAUAUUCACAACACGCUGCAGCAGAGCGGCGAACCUCCGGUUCCCCAGCUGUCAGUGUCCUACGGAGAUACCCUGGGCCAUCUACCAUUUGGCACCGUGAAUGACCUCUGGGCAAACCAACGACACAGGUAUGACUAUCAAACACGUUAUCUCCGCUAUUGGAACUCUACGGCGGGCCAGACUCGCUCCGGCCGGCCCGUGGAUGCCAUUAUUGCGCCGGGAACCCCGACUGCUUCCCACAAGCCCUCGGAGGGUAUGUACUUUGGCUACACCGGCGUUUACAAUGUCCUCGACUUCAGUGCCGCGGUGAUUCCAGUGACAAAGGCGGACCGGACGCUAGAUGCGAAGGUCGACGAUUACAACCCAUCUGGGGACCUUGACUCCGCAAUCUGGAAGCAGUAUGAGCCUGAUCUGUACCAUGGCGCUCCCGUCGGCGUCCAGGUUGUUGGCAGAAGACUCGAGGAGGAGAAGGUACUCGCCAUCGCAGAGGAGGUUCAUAAGGCCGUGAAGUCCAUAUAA